AACAUCUCUCAAGUUAGUAGAUCAGAUAAAUUUACGUGCGUUGCACAUAUCUCCGUGGAUUUUAUCAGAGUCUUGAUAAAACUAUAUCUUAGUCAUUGUGAUAUAGAACCAUGUCGUGUUACUCGACCAAUUACUGUUAAUAUAAAUAUCAUUGUGCGUUUGUACCCUUCCUUUGUGCUGAAUGUCAAUGAUGAUUGGAGCGUGGAUUACACUCGCUCCACAUACGAUCACUGGUUUAACUUGGUAAACUGCUCGGUCUGUCUGAGAACUUAGUGUGUCGUUUCCUUUGACCGUAUCAACACACGUCUGAAGGUUUGACGAUUUAUCACCCAAAGAAUAAAGAAGAUAUCGUAGCCGAACCUUUGCACUCAACGUUCUCUUCGCAGAGGAUAUAUAUAUAUAUACAUUUCUUCCUUUCUCAUCGACCGGCUUCCCCCCUUAAUAACUCGCGGCUAUUUUUGUUCCGCGUGCAUCGCAGAAACAUGGAGUACAAUGACACCCUACUCAUACCGGGUCAACGGAUACGUCCGCUCGUGACCGAGAAGAUGGCGAUCGACUUGUUGAAGCAACUCUACGACUUGAGGGCGACGAACGUGCGCGAACUGGAUGCUUAUGACGACCGUAAUUAUCACAUGCUGUGCGACGAAAUGCAUACGAAUCCACAUAUUACCAACUUGGAAAAAGCUGGCUAUGUCCUCAAGGUGAUCAACUCCUUGGAUUCCCGAAAGACCGACAUGCUCGAGGCACAGAACGAAUUGCUAAUUUUUCUCAAUCAGCAUAAUAUCUGCUGUCCGUUCCCAAUCAAGAAUGUUAGCGGUACCUACUUUUCUCUCGAGAAUCUAAAGAGCCACAACACCAUGGAGAAAUACGCCGUGAGAUUAAUGAUCUAUCGUCCCGGUGAACUUCUAUGCAACGUGAAGAUGACUGAUAAACUAUUGUAUAAGGUCGGAAACUUGGCCGCCAAGAUUGAUGAGAUCCUCGUGGGUUUCAAUCAUCCCGCCUAUGAUAAUCACAAGACAUUGUGGAUGUUGACUUCACUGCCUCGAAUCCAACAAUUCACAUACGCAAUCAAGAGUUCACUGGAUAAGCAACUGGUGCAUGAUGUGAUCGUCACCUUCCAGAAAGAAGUUCUGCCGAUCAUGGACAGAUUGGAGCAAGGGAUCAUACAUGGUGAUCUGAACGAGCAUAACAUUAUCAUGAGUCCCGAUGGCGAGAACAUUGCCGCCGUGAUCGAUUUCGGAGACUGUCAUAGAACUUGUCGCAUUUUCGAGUUGGCUAUAACUCUCUGUUACAUGAUCCUGCAAACUUCUAACGUAGAAAUGGGCAGACACGUUGUAGAAGGCUAUGAGAAGAUCAAAAAAUUGACUGAUAUAGAAAAGAAAAUUCUUAAGAUUAGCGUAUGCGCCAGGAUAUCUCAGAGUUUGAUAAUGGGCGCUUACUCACAUUUACACGAGCCCGAAAAUCAAUAUUUGUUAGUCACACAGAAAACUGGAUGGACGUUGUUGAAGAGAUUGUGGCCUAUGAGCCAAAAUGAUGUGAUGCAAGCUUGGGGAUUGAUCAUUCCUUAAACGUGAUGUAAAAAUUCCGAAAAAUUACCGUUCUUAAAAAAACAAGAGCAAUAAACUUUUUAAAUUUCUAUGAACAAGAAUACAUAAGAUAUAUGAUUCUCAAAAACAUCGGCAAGAAAACUUGUAUAUAUAUUAUUUUAUUAAUUCUUUUAACAAUGCUUUUGUGAACAAUGGCUAUUUUAUAGAAUUGUUGCAAAUUCCCAUCACCGACGAUAUACAUACUGUAUUUAUGCAAAAUACAAUAAUAUACUUUUUUAAUAUAGAUUCUUGAUAUUAUAUACUUAUUUGCAGGAAAUAUUUAUUCUCGGUAAUUUGAUUUUAUUAAAAUACUUACUUUAAUGAUGCUCGGAGGUACGGUCGCGCGGAGUUUACUUGAUGAAACUGUCAUGUCUUCACACUAUCAACGCGAUAUUUCGUAUUUAUCACAUAUUACGACGUUCGACCGACACUUUUCUCAACAUUCCCGAUACUUGCUUGCUUGCAAAAGCGAUAUUUAUUCUUAAUAACUUAAAAUCAUAAUAGACGUAAUGAGACAAGUGAUUGUUAAUUUCGUGAUAUCUUACAUGCGCGUAAUAUAAUUAUAAUCAUUACAGUAUUAAUCACAACGAUCGGUUAAGUCUUUCUUUCGUUUUUUCGGAUACUUAUAAUGGACGAUCGCGAUUAAAUUUGCUUUACACAUUGCUUUACCAUGUUUUGAUUAAACACGGAAAUUCAACGUUAUAAAAAAAUGGACGAUCGCGGUACAACACACCAUGCGCGCGCGGAGAUAUCUGAACCAUUUGAACAUUGCUGAAGAUCGCGGGUUCUAUUAGCCAUAGACAUACAUGUAUAUAGAUGCGCUGCCAUUGCGAGCACAAAGAUAACAUUAAGAAUAAAAUAAUAAUAAAGAUAAUAAUUAAAAGCUUUAUUCGAGUCUCUCUUAACUUUUCUUGACUAGGGGAAAAUGUUUAUUUUGUCUCUAUUAUUUUUUUCU